AUCGCCUCUUAUACAGAAACACGCAUCAUCCUUGUCAGUGUGGAAAUCCCCCUUUUCUGCCAUUUAAAAGCUCCGCACUGAGCGCAGUGCAAACCCACCGCUCUGCAAACCGAAAAACGAGGCUGGGGGCAAAAUUAUGUAGCAUUUUUAUUUUUUUUAAAAAAGCGAUAAUUAAAAAGAAGAAGAAGAAGGCGGGUAUUGCAUGUUUUUUUAAAUGGGAAACCUGGUGGGCAGCUGGCGUUUCAAGGAGCCGAGCACGAUUGAGGAAUGUGACUCGACGUGGGGAUCGGACUCGGAGAGCGACGAGCCAGCGGCUGAAGAUGAUAGCGGCAUCUCCGACUCCGUCAGCCCGGCGGAGAGCGAGAGGGCCGCGGGGCACGCCGGAGACAGCACACCGCAGCUGACUGACUCCCCGGAGUCUGUUCCAAAGAUGAAGAGGAGUUUCUAUGCCGCCAGGGACCUCUACAAAUACCGGCACAGCUACCCGAACUUCAGAAGGUCCCGGCAGCCCAAUGAGUACCGCAACCUGCGCUUCUACCUGAACAAGAUCCCUCUAGUACCUGAUGGUAUCUACAUAGAAGAGAUUCUCUCUAAGUGGAGAGGCGACUAUGACAAACUGGAGCACAAUCACACCUAUAUUCAGUGGCUGUUCCCAUUACGAGAACAAGGGCUCAACUUCUACGCACAUGAACUGACUCAGGAUGAGAUCAAAGAAUUCCAAAGCACUCGGGAAGCAAAGAGGAGAUUCCUGGCGGCCUAUUCCCUCAUGUUGGACUUCUACGGCGUCAAGCUGCUGGAUAAGAGUGGCAACGUUGCUCGGGCUCCGAACUGGCAGGAGCGCUUCCAGCACCUUAAUGAAUCCCACCACAACUACCUGCGGAUCACUCGCAUCCUGAAGUCCCUGGGUGAGCUCGGCUAUGAGGCCUUUAAGGCCCCGCUGGUUCGCUUCUUCCUGGAGGAGUCGCUGUGCCACGGCACCCUGUCCAACAUGCAGCACAGCAUCCUGGAAUACUUUGUCUACACCAUCCGCCUGCCAGCCACCCGCCGACGCUUGCUCCGCUAUGCCCGCCAACACUACAGGCCUGCCCACGCGUUCCUCUGGGGACCACCACCUAAAAAGCGGGGAGGUGGUGCUGGUGCUGGAGGUAGCGUGGGUGCUGGAAGUAGUGGGAUUAGGGCGCCUGCUCCAACACCAGAGCAACAGAGGAGGGGGAUGGAGAGCACCAUAUCCACAUCUGCAGGUAGUGGAAAUAUUGUGUCUUCCCACAAUGCCACGAUGUGCCAUGAGCUGGCUGAAGGAGGACUGAAGGGCUGCACGGGACUUGGUCCCAACAUGGAGGGAGCGCUGAUGAUGGUGGGAGCUCGAGCAGAGAGGAAUGAGUUCAAUGAGAUGAUUCCUUUGUAGGGAAAAAGUUUUGAGGGCAGAAAACAAAAUGAACCACUUAAAUUGUAAAGAAAUAAACCUGCUUUGUGGAAGGACACGCAAACCAGGGCAGUAAAACACAGGUACAGAUGUUUGAGCUGUUAAUAAACACAUCAUUAGAAUCUGUUUAGGUUAAGGGCUGACUAUAAUCUCAAACAGUACUUUAUUUAUUGCAAGUGAAUUAUCUUAACUGAAUUUGGGAUUAUAAUCUAAAGAUGGGUUAUUUUUUGUUUGUUUUUUGCUUUUGGUGGGGUUUGUAUCCUGAGCUAAGAUAGCCGAAUCCCAAAAUUAUCUAAACUAGUAGAGAAAGUUUGACAGAAGCCUUAUUUAAUGUUUUGGUCUGGAAUCAUAAAGAUCGUUCUACAAGCAAAGCUCUCUGCUGAAUGUUUGCUGGUGUUGGGAUGGUGAGAUUAUUGAAAUGCUGUAGCUGGAGCUCCACCAAACAACACGCUGGAUUGAGCUCCUUUUGUACAGGGUCUGUACAGCAAAUGUGAAAAGGGAGAUCAGGAAGAAUUUGUCUUAUUUCCAUGUCAUGUAAAAAGCAUAUAAGAGAAGACUAAUUUGUCAGCAAUACUUACAGAUUUUUUUUAACUUGACUGACUUGAAAUUUUCACUUUGUUGUUAAUCUUAGGUGCAGCUCAGUUAUGUAUCCGUGCUGCGAUUUUACUCUCUACAAGUUAAAGGUAGCCAGUUCCGCUGAAAAUUGUACAGAACUAUAUAGCAAAACAUAAAACGUGUUGGUAAGCUGAUAUCUUUAAGAAAUACUUAAGAAAAGAAAGGCUUUAGGUGACAUUAUUACCUGUGAACUCCAAGUGGCAGCUCAGCAGCCCAUUGGAAAACUUGAUAGGUAAUUUUUCAUCAAAGGAAAAAUUUUCUGCAGAAAUUGUGAAAUCUAAAACUGAGCAAUAAAUAUUUAGCUAUAAAACAACCCAGGGCUGCUUAAAGCCAAUUAUCCAAUGGCAGUCACUACACUGACUUAAAUAAUGCACUUUGUAUUUCAGUCUAAAAGAUGAAGGGAAAAUACAAAGUGUGACAGAUAGGUUAGUUGCAGUUUUUUUUCUGGUUUUGUAGGCAAUAAUUCAGAAAAUAUUAUUAAUCCUUCAGCAAAGAGCAGAAAUGCUAGUACCAAUGUUACUGGUAAUUUCCACCAGUUACAAAUGUCACAAACCGAGCUAAAGAUGGUGUUUGUAUCAGCACUAGCAAAUUGGCAUAAUUAAACUGGUUAAAUUAUGAAUAAAUAAAAAUAUACAAAUCCAAAUAAAUAAAAAUAUAUAUUUCAAAGUAGGCAUUACUGUAAUCAUGUUAUAUUAUAAUAUACUAUAUAUAUAUAUAUCAAGUUUCAGUGACGUGUGAAAAACAGCCGUGAGCUAGCUUGGCUGCCACACCUCCACAGUGUGUUAUGCCACCUAAAAGCCUUCUUCUAUUCUUGACUGGAAGUUAUGGAUUGAAGUUAAUGUGAUCAGACUGGUGGUGUGCAGUGUGUUCUCAUAGACAGUAUAAAAGAUGGAUGUAGCUACCAUAGUGUUACCAAAAUGUAUGGAUAUGAGAAGGAGGGGUGGGUCUUGUGAUUAACAAGUUGCUAGCUAAUGAGCAUUUUGUACCACAAAUAAUCUUCCAUUUGGAAAAAAUGUAUGACCAAGAUUUACAACAAUAGAUUUAAUCUUUUUAUUAUUCAGUAACUGAGCCCAUAAACUCAUCGGAUAGGGGUUUAGAAAGGUCAAAACCAAAUAAAAUUUAAAUUCCACGGGUUUCUAUAGGACUGGAAGCCUUUUUGCCUCCACAGCUAUCGCCAUCUGGUGGACUUUAGGUAAAAAGCAGGGUUCAGGCAAAUCCGGAUUGGCUUCAUUUUAAUUCAAAGCUACGUCAGACUUUGAUACUGUCUAUGUGUGUGUUGCACUUUUUGGACAAUCUGUGUCUUCCUGUUAAAAGCGCUGUAGGUUUUAAAAGGUUGUGCAUCAUAGUCAUGAUAUAGUGAUGAUACUGUCUAACCUUGCAAUAAUGUGACUUACUGAAGUGAGAAGUUAAACACCCUUGUUAGGUUUCAACCAUAGCUUAGCCCAUGUUUUUGAGAGUUCCAAAUGUUUCUAGGGCUAAGUUUGCAGUGCUGCUGAUAUUUCUACCAGAAUCUUUUAAGAUGAAUUUGCUUGACACUCAAAACAACAAAAAACAAAUCUGGAAUAAUUUAUUUCAGGUUAAUGUCAACUCAUCGCCCUCAGCAUUUCCUUGGUCAUGUUUAGUUUUCAAUAAAAUGCAAAUAUUAGCCAUCAGGAAGUGUGCAUUGAUCUAUCCAGUCAACUUAAAGUAAAAGCUAAGCUUAAGUUUUUUAAUUAUAGGUAUUAUCUUAAUAGUUAUUUGUAUGUUUCUAGUAGCAAUAGAUUAAAAGCCAUGUUAAGUAUAAGAAAGAUUGAAGUUUAAAACUUCUUUAGUCGGCUGUUCUUCCUGUAGGAGGCGGCCAUGCGUAUGUUAGAUAACAAGGUUUUGACAUUGCUUUCCAGCCAAGUGUAUCUGAUAUAAUUGUAAAAUUAACUUUUCAGGUGAAUUGUAUGAUAACAUGGGCUCAAGUAUUCUGAUUUCUAGUAUACUCCACAUGUACAUAUGUGAGUAUGUGUAUGUCUGUGUGAUAUUCUUAAGUGCCUCUUUUGUAUUUUUAAUUUUUAUCUGGAUGCUGUAUGGAGUGUCUUUCCUGUACAUCCUGUUUUUUGUACAGCAUUUUGAUAUCUACAUCAUUGUCCACAAUAUAGUCAUAUACACUAUGAGUAUAUGAGUAUGGGCAGGAAUACAUUAGAAGAACUGAUAUAGAGGAGAAGUUAAUACUAUAUAACACUUGAAAUUGUUUGUAUUGUUUCUUUGAAUAAAUUGUGAUCGCUACAUUGAUAAAUGUUCACUAUGCUUGCUGAACACAGUUUAGUUUUGGUAUUUUUCAGAAUUGACAGGACACAAUAAAUGGACAUAAACCCUGAAAUGUGAAUUUUGCCACAUGUAACUCUAAUAAAAAUGGGUUUGUGGAUUAA